AUGAGUCACUUAUACGGUAAAUCACGCGUAUGCUCUGUCGAGCAUGAUGCCUCGAGGACAUAUCUGCUCUACCUGUUGCUCAAUUCCCCGUCGACGACAGCAAGGAUCGUGCAAAGAAUUCGGAAGGUGAAUGAUCGAGUUAGAUCGCCUGGAACAUCACGAUGUCUAACAACCACAAUGUCGAUGUCGGUUUCACCUUCGAGCCCUGAGGAACCUGUUACGCUGGUGGAACUGACCAGCGUACCGGGUGGCCAGAAUGCGAUGGCUCAUCUCAAAAAACGGAAGCUGGAAGCGGAAUCCGUCAGCCCGAAUCCUAAGCAACCACAGCCGCAACAACAGCCACAACUUCCGCAGUUUCAACCACCAUUGAACAAGAAAGGUGCACAAGUGACCAUUCCUCAAGAAAUGGAGACAGCUGAUGCUGCCGCGAAACGAAGAAGGAAAAGUGUACGCGACGACGAGACGCGAAAGCCACUCGACGCGAACGAGCUGAGCAAGACGAUACCGUUGCCGCAAAAGAAACGUGCAUUCAACGCUGGAAACUGUGGCAGCCCCGCGAGGAAAUCAAGCAAACACUCUGAGGAGCCCGAGGACGACGAGACUCUGAUCAGAGAGACUGAGGCAGCUUUGAAAAGCUUAUCCGGAAGUUGGCCCGGUCCAAGAGGCUGCUUGUAUCAGAGAGGUAACUCGGACGAAGAUAAAUAUGAAUCAAACUUCGAAAAUCUGUUCGAAGAGAAGAAAGACAACCCGAAACUGUCACCCUCCUCGAUGUCGAAUUCCUCGACGACCAGCAACGAAGCCGGUUGCUCCCUGAAAGAUGUGAUAACGUUCCGCGGUCAACAAGACCGAAACGGCAAGUCUCAGCAACAAUUGAAGCUACAAGAUCCAACGAAACAGCUGCAACACGCGACGAAAGUUAAGAAAGAGCUGGACAGUUUUAUGAAAACGGACAACGAUAGUGUGAACGUUCAAAGCCACGUUAACAACGUGAUUCCCAGCGAACAAGGUAAAAUCAGACCGGUGCCCAUGAGAUCGUUGUCGAACAAAGAACGCAAUGACAGAAACAUGGUCGGUGGUCACGUGGAGACUCAAGGUCGGCAAACAGACAAGUACUCGAGAUACGAUCCGCCAGAUUUCAACGAACUGGUAGACGACUCGUCGAACGAACUUGAAAUCGACAUGUCCGAUCCAACCACCGAUAAAGAAGAUGCUGAUAGAGACAAAAUGAAUGACAGAGAUAGGGACCGAACAUGCAGGAACGGUCAAUCGCCACAGAGCAGCGGUAGGCAACAACAGCAACAUCAACUCUACUCGAAUUAUCAUAGACAAUAUAGUGAAAACAACAUGAAGGUUCUGCAAAUCGCUACCACCACCUCAUCCUCUUCGCCACCGACGAAUUCUCCGUUCUCUGCAACGUCGGCAUUCAGACCGCCCAACGCGGACCACUCGAAGGCAACUGGCCGCGGUACACCGUCAGUGGCCGUGCCUUCCGCAGCAAUUCCACCGAUUGGCCCGUACCCAGCCGCGGCUACCUUUGUCGGUUACCCAACCCCUGGCCCUGGACCCACGAUGCCGACACCGCAACCUGUUACCGGUAUAUCGCCCACGUCGGAAGAGAAACAUCCAUCUACUGUCUCGUUACUUCAGCUGAAAUCAUCGAAGGAGGAUGCCCAUCAUGUGACCAGGCACGAGGUGACACCGAACACAGUGCCUGGAACGAAAAGUCCCACCGGUGCGAUACCCGCAGUGACCAGUCCCGAUUCCUCGAAACAGUAUACGAUUUUACAACCAGCCGGAGUUGGAUCCAGGGCGGCCAGUGCGAUUCAGGACAUAGCAAGAGAGGGAGUCGUCAGUGUCACCGCUGUAACCAGUUGCACCACCACGAACGGUAGUCCGACGAACGGAAGCAACGGGAACGGUAACGGUGGCAGCUGUAAUAAUAACGUCGCUAGCAAAAAUACGAAUAGCAAUAACAGUGUUAAUGCGAGCAGUAACGCGAAUCCAACCGGUGGUAAUGCGACAGUUAGCAAUGUGACCAGUAUCAGUAUCACCGCUGUCUCGACCAGCACGACCACGUCCAGUCCUACGACCGGUGCCGAUGUAUCGUCCGGGAGUGGAUCGGUUCAACAAGAGAAUGUCAUGAAAAUGCCAGACAGGCCUGGCACCUUUGACGUGAGCAGGCCGGGAAUGUCCAUGUCUCCGUCCAGUCUAAGCCGAGAGGGCAACAAGUGCCCGACCCCAGGCUGCACGGGGCAGGGUCACGUGACCGGGCUCUACUCUCACCACCGCAGUCUUUCCGGUUGUCCACGGAAGGAUAAACUGACGCCAGAAAUUCUGGCGAUGCAUGAGACUAUUUUGAAAUGCCCGACGCCUGGUUGCAACGGCCGUGGCCAUGUCAGCUCGAACCGGAACACGCACAGGAGCCUGUCCGGAUGUCCCAUUGCCGCGGCCAAUAAGCAGGCCGCACGCGAAGCACGACACAAGGCUCAAGUGUCCGGAAUUCCACCAGAGUACAUCAGUACGAACCUGUUGCCGCCGUCAAUGGAUAGCAAGAGCUACUCCCAGUACGGUUCCACGGCGCAAGACACGAAGCCGGUGCUAAACAGCCUGACCUACGACUACUACACGACAACGAAAGGCACCGGGAUCAACGUAAAACCACCUAAAACACCCGAGGAGAGCCCGUCGUCCCGUACCGCUAAAGUGGUCCCUAAAACUGAAAACAUGACACCGAGCGGCAGUUGCUGCAACACAUUGCCGGCCAGAGGUCAGACCACGUCCGAUUUGUUGGUACCGAAAACGGAAGACACUGCCUCCUGUCGCGUGAACUCACCGCCGCCACCGCCACCGCCUACUGUACGGCCGACCUAUGACUCGUACAUGAAUCAAGACUCGAACUCCUCGUCGAUGUCCUCGAUGGACGCGAUGGGAUCCAGGGGAUCCAUCGGGGCGACGAUACAUCAUCCGAGUCAGCACCCGACGCACCAUGUACUGCCCAUGCAACCCACCGUUGCGUACCCGAUGCCGAUGGUCGAGGACACGAGAAUGAGUCAUCAGAUGUCCCAAAGAUCUCCCUACGAACCAUCCGCAAUGAUGGCCGCAGCUGCUGCCGCGGCCGCGGCGGCUACCACCAGCGAAGACCUGUACCAUCACAGGUCAGCGGAACACGCGAGGGCCUACAUGCACCCCGGCGCGAGUAAUAUCGCCAGACCAGUUGUGUCCUACUCAAACGAGAUCGCAACUGCAAGAGGCUACGAGAACGCGGUAGCCAGCGCCGCUAACCAUCGACCGUACGAUCCCGGUACUACUUCUGCUUACGAGAGAUACGAUACGCAAGGCUGUCCAUCGAUUCCGUCGCAGCAACAACAGCAACAACAACAGCAACAACAGCAACAGCAGCAACAACAACAACAGCAGCUGCAUUCAAGGACGAACAUGUACUAUCUCGGCCAGACGGGAAUGACGCCGGAGGAACAGGAACGAGUUUAUCAUCAGGAAGCUGCAGCAGCGGCUCAGCAACAUCAGAUGGCAAUGGCUGCCGCGACGGCUGCUGGGAUGAUGAAGACCGAGGAUGUUAAAUGUGUCACAGUAGCGCAAGUCCAGCAGAUGCAGAAGCCUGGAGGUCCCCCAACUUCGCCAGGAGGCUCGGUGAUGGACCUGUCAACUUCCAGCGUCACAUCCACAAGUCCACAGGCGCCACCAUACGGCUCGAAUAGUCUAAGCCCGCAAUACGGCGGUGGUCAAACUGUAGGUGGCAGUCCUCAGGCGGCAGCGAGUCCUCAUUUGACGGCGAGUCCGCAAGUCCCGAGUCCGCAGGGUCAGACCCUUGAUCUCAGUGUGAACAGGCUUCACAGUGGAGCACCUAGCCCUCAGUAUCCAACCGGCCACGGUGAAGCCGUGGCGGUGCCGGUUGGACCGGGAUUCCCAGCGCCCAGACCAAUCGAGGAGCAAACCGAGCCCGUGGACUUCUCAACAGCGAACGAGCCGGUCAAUUUCAGCGGGGGGGCUGGGAUCAGGCCUGUACCAGGGUUCCCGCCACCCGGUGUGCACGUCACAGCGUACAGUCGUGAAAGCACCCCCGACAGCGGUGGUUCCCACUACAUGGACGCCUACCGUGAUCCCACUGGGUAUGGCCCAAUGAGCCCGCAUCCAGGUUACGGUAUGACUGGCGUCCAGCCGGAAUACCCUGGAAACACUUACACCCCCUACCCCACCGCUGGCUACAAUUGCGGUGGAACGUAUCCCGGAGGCCCUGUGACUUCCGGUUACCAAAUCCCAGCGGGAUACACGCCGACACCUUGUUACAGUAUGCCGCCUCCGCAGCACACGGUCGGUCCUCUUGACAAACCCACGGGUAAAGACGAUAGUAUGAAUAUCAGGCGGCACUCGUUGAAUUACGCGCCUCGGCCCGCCCCUCGUGGUCGCGAUGGCAAGGAGCUGAUACAAUGCCCCACGUCGUCCUGUGAUGGCAUGGGUCAUGUCUCGGGAAACUACGCUACCCACAGAAGUCUCUCCGGUUGUCCGCGGGCCGAUCGUUCCCAGAUCCAAGCGCAUUCGCAGGAACUGAAAUGUCCAACGCCGGGUUGCGAUGGGUCUGGUCACGUGACCGGAAACUACUCGUCUCAUAGAAGUUUAUCCGGUUGUCCACGGGCCAACAAACCGAAGAGCAAGCCACGAGACGGCCAGGACUCUGAGCCACUAAGAUGUCCAAUCCCUGGUUGCGACGGGUCUGGCCAUGCUACUGGCAAAUUCUUGUCGCAUCGCAGCGCUUCCGGCUGCCCGAUCGCGAACAGGAAUAAGAUGCGAGUAUUGGAGUCCGGUGGUACGGUGGAGCAGCAUAAAGCAGCUGUCGCAGCGGCGACCGCGAUGAAGUUCGAGGGUGUCAAUUGUCCGACGCCAGGCUGCGACGGGAUCGGCCAUAUAAACGGUUCAUUCUCGACACACAGAUCCCUAUCCGGCUGUCCCAUAGCUGGUCACGCGGUGAAGAAGCCCAAGUUCGAAGACAUGUCGAGCAUGUACAGCAAAGGAAUCGCCGGAGUGGACACCAGUGGUCCGGCUCAUGGGGGUGCGGUGGGUACGGGUCAGGGUAACACGAGUGGUGGCGGUACCGCUGGUGGUCAGGGCGAGGAUCUCUACACACUGGAGGCCGAGAUUACGGAGCUCCAGAGAGAGAACGCUCGCGUCGAGUCGCAGGUUCUGCGCCUGCGCUCCGAUAUCACCGCCAUGGAGAAUCAGCUGAAGCAAGGUGAAAAGGAAACAACGUCGAUUUCCCAGCGGAACAACAACCUGACCGAGUACUAUCAGUCGUUGCGGGACAACAUGAUCACGUUGUUGGAGCACGUGCGAAUACCGAACGCCCCGGGCGGACCGCAGGAGAAGAUGGGCCACGAGAACUUCGACAGUUACCUGACGAAGCUGCAAACACUGUGCACCGCGGAUGGUUAUUGCACGGACGAGUCGAACAGGCCGAUAUACGAGACGGUAAAAACCGCGCUCCAGGACUUCACGGUGCUACCGACACCCAUCUGA